AUGUCAGACUAUCUUCCAGACGAGGCGAUCAUCGAAAUUCUCUCCGGAUUGCCGGUGAAGUCGCUCCUCAAAUUCAGGUGCGUUUCCAAGGCAUGGCGGUCUCUAAUCUCCAGCCCCUUCCUCAUCGCCAACCACCUCAAUCUCUCUCUUUCCAAUCCCCAAUACCCACCCUACCUUCUUUUCCACCAUUUCGACGACCAACUCCAGAAAGAGCGCUUCACUCUCCAUUCUCCGGAUGACCCAUUUCCUCACAAUCAAUCUGGGGAGGAAGAGGAAGAAAUAGAAGAGAAUGGGGAUUUCUUUACUUACCCAUCAGGUUUCAUAGAAUUGCAAUCCCCACGCGAAAGCACCAAGCUCAGCUUGGUUAAUUCAUGCGGCGGCCUUGUUUGUUUAGCCUGCGGUUUUUUGGAACUCAAGAAUAGUUAUAUUAUCUGGAACCCAUGUAUCCAAAAAUCCAUAUCCGUUCCGGAGCCUAAUAUUGGAUUAAAAUCCGACCCGCUUCUCCAUCUUCUUGGCUUUGGGUAUCACUCCAAGAACGAUGAUUACAAAUUGGUGAGGCUUGUGUAUUCCCUUAAUUGCGGGUGGUACGCUCCGCCCCUGGUGGAGAUUUAUACGCUUCGAUUGGGCGCAUGGCGCUCUGUUAAGGCCCCUGGUCCUCCCUACUUCAUCAGUGCUCUGUACUUAUCGAAUUAG